AUGAAACUACAUGUACUUCAACUGGGGAUUUUGUCGUUUCUACUAGCUGGAGUGACUGCACAGUUCCCACCACCCAUCAGUUUAGACGAUGUUGAGGUCAAAACUGUCUCAUCGCCUGCCAAUACCAACAUCACCAUUCAGUACAAAUCACCACUGCCGGGCACUUGCAAAACGGCUUUUAGUUCCCAAAAGCAGUAUACGGGUUAUGUCAAUCUCCCGCCUGCUACUCUAGCUCCGGUCCAGCAGGAUUACCCCAUCAACACAUUCUUUUGGUUUGUGGAAGCCCGGGAGAACCCUAAGAAAGCUCCACUUACAGUCUGGCUCAAUGGCGGACCUGGGUCGAGUAGCAUGAUUGGCAUGUUUCAGGAAGUUGGGCCCUGCGAGGUUGUUGAAAUUGACAAGACUCGGCUGGGGACCCGAGCUAGGGCCUGGGGAUGGGAUCGCAGCUCGAACAUGCUAUUCAUUGACCAGCCAAAUCAGGUUGGAUUUUCGUACGACACACUCACCAAUGGGUCCCUCAAUCUUCUUUCUGGGUUGCUCUAUUCUCAAGCCAAACCGGUUCCGCCGAAGCAGCCACAUAAUACCUUCUUGAAUGGUACAUUCUCUUCGCAUGAUCAUGACCAUACAACCAAUACCACGGCUAUCUCCUCUCAAGCAAUUUGGCAUGUUUUGCAGGCAUUUCUGGCCGAAUUUCCACAAUACAACCCUAGUGGCAUUGGGAAUAACUCCGUUGGCAUUAACUUGUUUACUGAAAGCUAUGGGGGCCACUAUGGGCCAGCCUUUGCGACAUACUUCGAAAAGCAGAAUGACUUGCUGGAUCAAGGAAAGCUGCCAGCCAACGAAACCUGGAAGAUUGAUCUCGUCUCCUUGGGAAUCAUCCAAGGCUGUGUGGAUGAUACGAUACAGGGGUCAUCUUACUCAGAUUUUGCAUAUAGCAACUCAUACGAUAUCAAAGCAGUCAGCGUCACGGAUUACAAGAGCAUGAAGCAAUCUUUCUCAAAAAGCGGCGGGUGCCGUGAACAGAUUGAGAAAUGCCGCAAAGCAGUAACAUCCAAAGAUCGAAACAAUACAGCCGCCGAUGAGUGCUCAUCCGCGGUGAUAUACUGCAACCAGUAUGUGGUAAACCCAUUUGAAGCUAGUGGCCGGAGUCCUUACGACAUCUCCCAGGCAUCUCUAGACCCCUUUCCGUCAAAUCUCUACCUAGAAUAUCUGAAUACCGCAGCAGUCCAGUCAUCUAUCGGAACACCCGUCAACUUCAGCACGUCCAACCAAGACGUGAGUUAUGCCUUCACAAUGACAGGUGACCGCGCCCGAGGCGGCCAAAUAGCACAGUUGGCCUCGCUGCUAGCAAAGGGUGUGCGAGUCGCCCUGAUAUACGGCGACAGUGACUACCUCUGCAACUGGCGAGGCGGCGAACAAAUUUCCUUCGCUAUAGCUGCAGCAGCAUCAAACUACACAUCCUCCUUCAAUUCUGCAGGAUACAGCCCCAUCAUCACGAACGAGAGUUACAUCGGCGGCGUUGUCCGACAGGCUGGGAACCUCUCGUUCUCGCGAAUCUACGAUGCAGGCCACGAGAUCCCGGCUUAUCAGCCAGAGACGAUGUUCACGCUAUUUAGUCGUAUCAUCCAGGGCGGGAAUGACCUGUCUUCUGGUCAACCUGCAGAUCUAGCUACAUUCAGGUCUAAGGGUGAUGCUAAUUCAACGGCAGUCAAUCAUGCCCCGCCCAUGGCUUUGCCGACCUGUUUCUUGCGGAAUGUGGCUGCCACCUGCAGCCAGGAUCAGCAGAUCAUGCUUCAAGCUAGGAGUGGAGUUAUCAUUAAUGGUGUCCAUUAUGAGAGUGAGGCGCAGUGGUCUGCGAAGGAUAGUAGCCGGGCUAGUGACGGUAUGCUGCUUGGCGAUGUGGGUGUUCCGGGUACAGAAUCUGUGGAGAUGAUGGCGAUCACUCCUCGUGCGAGCAAAUCUAGUGAAUUGUCUGCUAUUGGGGUAUUCACUGCGACCAUCACACCGCGGAUGAAAGAGCAGCGCUCAACUUCUGCGUGUGUUCUUUCCACUGAGAUUCCUGGAAGAUUUGGUUUGGUCACCAUCAUUGUAUUAUUUGUGUUUAUAGUAAGAAUGAUUUGA